AUGUCUUCUGUAUCUAGUCCCAACAAAUCUUCUCGCAGAACGUAUUCGACUCUCUCCUGUGUUAGUAAACGCCCUGACUCAUCCGUAUUCGAUUCAGGUAAUGUUGAACCUCUAAAAGUGAUCAAAAGACCUACCGUCGGAGUGGCGUGCGGUAGUCAGCCUCUUUUCAACCACCGCGGGUCAGGUGCCACACUCGACGAUGCCUCCUCUCUGGUUGAUCAAAGUUCUUCCGCCGUCUCUCCGGCGAAAUUGACUUCUUCAAAAUCUUCUCUCACUGGAACUAGUGCGUCCCAGUCGGAUCUUGUUGGAAUUAAUUGCAAGCUAACUACUCUAACCAUUAAUCAACGGGAAAGUAUCUAUGUGAGAACAUUAUUUCGUUACGAUCCCGCGACUGAUCGAGGUCUUGCAGCCCGUGGCCUCGCCUUUGAGCAUGGGGACAUUCUCUACGUUGUAAAUGCCAGUGACCAGGAAUGGUGGCAGGCCUGUUAUGCUUUUCCCAUCUCCCCACCUGUCUGGGCCUCGGCCUACGCCUCAGCCACUGUCGUUAGUACCAAUUGUAACACUCCCCCAGAAGUCCCUGCAUCUCACACCAAAAGUAUUCCAACUCAACAACCUUCAACUCCGUCGUGUCGGCCGGCCAUCAUUCCCAGUCAACGCCGUGUUGAGCGGCGCAGUAGACUUUCCGCCAAGCGCGUAAAGUUUGUGGACAAAGAGGUCGAUAUCGGUGGAGGAAGUCCCAGCCCCUGGAGUUUGGGCGGGGGUGACACUCCUAAUCUUCCCUACGCCUUAGAGAGUCAUAGAUUCUUCGGCAGUACUGGUGGAGGUGGUGUUGAGGGGAGCUCUGCAUCUCUUUCAGCCGUUGCUGGUGGUGGAGGCAGUAGCUUCCCCACUGGGGACUCUGUGUCUGUCGGUAUGUUUGUUCUGCAACUAGGUUAA